AUGGGUGAUGAGAUGCAGACCAAGCCUGGGACGGGCAAUGAAAGCGCCGCCGCGGCCGGAGCUGAUCAAAAGGACCAGCUAGCACAGCUGGUCAAGCUGGCGACAGCAAACGAAGCAGCUAAAGACUAUGGCAAAGCCGUGGACCUCUAUUCCCAAGCAGCAGAGCUUCAAGCGGAAAUAAAUGGCGAUAUGGCACCUGAAAACGCCGAUAUUCUGUACUCUUACGGGAAAUGUCUGUACCAUGUUGGCGUGAGCAAGAGUGACGUGCUGGGCGCGAAGAUACCCCAGACCGCCACGGAGCCUGCCGGAGGAUCAAGCAGCAAGUCUGGAAAGGGACCAGGGUCUGGCGAAGGGGAAGAGGCAUCGUCGAGCAUUAUCAAAGAUGCAAUUGCCAGGCACGCAGAGAAUGGUGAAGGCGCAGGGCCAUCAAGCAGCCUAGGCAAAGCUGGGGCGACACCACUCUUCCAGUUUAUUGGGGAUGAGAACCUAGAAGCGUCUGAUGAUGAUGAGGAGGAGGAUGAGGAAGGAGAAGGAGGAGAGGAAGGCAAGGGAGGGGGGGAUGAAGAGGAAGAUGACGACUUUGCGAAUGCAUUCGAGAUACUUGACCUGAGCCGUGUGCUGUACGAACGACAACGAAGUGAGCUAGAACAGGAUAAGGAGAAGAACGAGGAGAAGUUACGACGGGUUAAGGAGCGGUUGGCAGACACGUACGACCUGCAGGCAGAGAUAUCACUAGAAGGGGAGAGGUUCCCGGAUGCAGCCGCAGACCUACAGUCGUCGUUACGGAUCAAGGAAGAGCUAUAUUCAGGAGAGGACCCUAUAAUUGCCGAGUGCUAUUAUAAACUGUCACUAGCGCUGGAGUUCUCAUCUGUGAUGAAGAAAGACGGAGAAGAUGGAGAAAAAGGGAAAGGGAAAGCAAGCGAGAACAGCAACGCAGAGCCGGAGUAUGACGCAGCAGCCCGAGAGCAGGCAGCCGUAUACAUGGAGAAGGCAAUCAAAAGCUGCAAGGGCCGGAUUGCUAAAGAGGAAGCCCGGAUUGAGAGCAUUGGCAGCAACGACGGGGAGACCGUGGCCAGAAUCAAGCGGAAUAUCGAUGAUGUCAAGGACAUCGUCUCGGACAUGGAGCAACGGCUUGUCGAUCUCCGGCGCCCGCCUGUGGCCAUCCCGAACGCGGAACGGACCAAGGAGGAACAGGCCGCCGCUCAGGCCAUCAAGCUGGAUGAACUUACCAAAGUAGCCAACGACCUGACGGGACUGGUCAAGAAGAAAAAGCAGCCAGUAGCAGCAACGGCCGUGGUGUCGUCGACGUCGUCUGCUGGUGAGCAGCAGCAACCCGAGGCCAAAGGGAAGAGACCACUGGAGUCAGCCGAAGAGGAGGCUUUAAAUCCCAAGAAGGUAAAAGGCGAGGAGAGCUGA